AUGAGGGAAGAAGAUUUAGAAAUAGCGUUAAAGGUGGUGAUCGUGGGAAAUGGCGCAGUCGGAAAAUCGAGUAUGAUUCAGCGUUACUGCAGAGGGACAUUUACCCGGGACUAUAAAAAAACAAUUGGAGUAGACUUUUUGGAAAGACAAAUAGAAUGCAACGGGGAAGACGUGAGGUUAAUGUUAUGGGACACAGCAGGCCAAGAAGAAUUUGAUGCCAUUACCAAAGCAUAUUACAGAGGAGCUCAAGCUUGUGUGUUGGCAUUUUCCACUACAGACAGAGAUUCUUUUGAAGCAAUUCACUCGUGGAAAAUUAAGGUGGAAGACGAAUGUGGAAAAAUACCAACAGUGAUUGUCCAGAAUAAGGUUGAUCUAAUUGAACGCAGCCAAGUUGAUCCACAAGAAGUUGACAUUCUUGCCCGGUCGUUAGGCUGCAAGCUAAUAUGCACAUCCGUUAAAGACGACGUCAAUGUCAACAAUGUAUUUAGGUAUUUGGCCACGCGGUGUUUGAUGGAAAUACAGAAAGAAGAACAGGAAUAUAUGUCAGGGAAUGGAAUACACCAAACAUAUACAAUAGGUUCAUUUGGUGCAGUUCCAUACCACAACAGAAAUUCUUCAACUACAAUAAAAUUGAGAUCUGGAAAAAUAAGACAAAAGAAAAAAAAUAUCUUUAAGAACUCUUGUGUCAUACCGUAA